AUGGUUGCCCUCCUCGUGCUCAUGAGCGGGUGGAUCUGCGGCGAACUGGGCAAUAGCAAUCUCUUCCAGAGAUAUGUCCGCAAGUUCCUGGAAGAUUACGGUACCCCGUUGACGAUUGUCUUUUUCACUGGUUUCGUCCAUUUUGGCCAUAUGAGGGAUGUGGAUGUUCUAACCUGCUUCUCAGUGUCAUCUCUCAUCGCCCAGGGAACCGAAUUCCCACUCCGCAAACCCGCCGGUUUCCACUGGGAUCUCUGGCUACUGGGUCUAACAACCUUCGUUGCGGGACUCCUCGGCGUCCCCUUCCCCAACGGACUCAUCCCACAAGCACCCUUCCACACCUCCGCCCUCUGCGUCACCCGCCAGGUCGCCGACGAAGACGACAAAAACAAAGGAAAAGCCGUCCGAGUCACCGAUCACGUCGUCGAGCAACGAGUCAGCAACCUUGCCCAGGGUCUCCUCACCUUAGGAACCAUGACCGGCCCACUACUUAUCGUGUUGCAUCUAAUACCGCAGGGCGUGAUGGCCGGCCUGUUCUUCAUCAUGGGCGUGCAGGCAUUACAAGGGAACGGAAUCACGCAGAAACUGAUCUUCCUCGCCCAAGACAAGAACUUCACGUCCGCAUCGAAUCCCCUGAAAGGACUCGACCGCCGCAUCGCGAUCUGGGCCUUUGUGCUCCUCGAACUGGUCGGCUUUGGCGCCACUUUCGCCAUCACCCAGACUAUCGCGGCUAUCGGGUUCCCGGUUAUCAUUCUUCUUCUCAUCCCCAUACGGUCUUUCGUGCUGCCGCGCUGGUUUACUCGGGAUGAACUGGCCGCGCUCGAUGCCCCGACUGCUAGUCCCUUUACUAUGGAGAGUGUUGGUGGUACUCAUGGGUUGGAGGAUGAGUCUACAGAGGAAGAGAAUGCUACUGUCUCGGGUACGGGCAAUGCUGUGCUGCAGAGAGGUCGUUCCUUGCCGUCGUCAGAGUCGGUGGUUGAGGAUAAUGAUUUGGAGAGUGGUGAGGCGUACGAGCUUGCUUCUCUAUCUAUGCGGAGAAGAAGCAAUGCUAGUCGAGUUGACUAA